UCUCGCUUCAUCUUUCCGUUGAAGUGCGAAAGUGUGUGUGUGUGUGUGUCUGUGUGUUUUAAUUUUGGACAAUCUAGCUCCCCUUUCCCUGCACCUUUAAGAGCGCGUGCCUGUUCUCGUAGCUGAAGGUCACUAAAACGCACAAAAAGCUCUCAGCUCUGCGGUCCAAUAUAGCGCAUGCGCAGUGCCUCGGGACUCAUACACUGUCAGACUGCAAUAUGGCGAGAAUGCCUGGCAGCGGGGACCACUGCUGUAGAGAUGAUGAACCGGACCCGAUGGCGGGGGAACGGGAGAGAGACGGAGGCUCGGGCGAGGAAGAGGAGGAAGAGAUUCAGGAGAUCCAGAUCACAGGGGAAGAGGGAGAAGUGUCAGAAGAGGAAGCCGAGUUAGAGUGGGAGGAGUGCGGGGAGCCCGACAGCUGCGCUGCUGCCGUGGAAACGGGGGAAGCGGUCCUUAUGCGCAAUACGGACCAGCUCGACUCAGCGGCGGCGGGGGACCCGCUUUUCGCCGCUCUGGACGCGGGACCCGAGGGAGACGUGCACCGCUCCAGGCUGAGCGAGAACACGCGCUUGGCCACCCGGUACGCGGUGCGAAUCUUCCGGGAGUACCUGACGGAGAAGGCGCAAAGUACGGACUUUGAGAGCAUGGAAAAGCACGCGCUCUGCAAAGUGCUGCGCUCCUUCUACUCAGAGGCGCGCUCCAAAAGCGGACAGCUGUACAGCAAGUCCUCCCUCAUCAGCAUCCGGAGCUCGCUCAACCGCUACCUGAACGAGCCCCCCUUCUGCCGCACGCUGGACCUCACCAAGGACCCAGAGCUGCGCAGCGCCAACCUCGCGCUCGCCGCGGUCAUACGCAAGCUGGAGGAGCAGGGCGCAGGUCCCGUGGUGCAGAAGCAAGCCAUCACGCGCACCGACCUGAGAAAGCUCUACACGUCGGCCGUGUUCAGCGCCAGCUCUCCGUUUGGGCUGCUCAACAAAGUGUGGUUCGAGACUUGCAUGUACUUCUGCACGCGGGGGCGGGAGAACCAGCGCGAGCUCGAGGAGGACUCUUUCGGUCUGGCCGCGGACGAGGACGGACGCAAGUUUGUGUACUUCAAAGCGCUCGGGCCGUACCACAAGUCCCGUUCCGCGUCCUGGACGAAGAAAAGAACGGACACGGACGACGACAACCUGCCCCGCAUGUACGAGACCGCCACAGAGUUCUGUCCCUACGCGAGCUUCGUCAAGUACCUCUCUAAACGCAAUCCUCUCUGCAAGGCGUUCUUCCAGCGCCCGCGGGAUCACUGCAGCGAGACCGACACGACGUGGUACGAGAAUAAAGCCAUCGGUAAGAACCUGCUGGGCACGAGGAUGCAGAUGCUGUCGCGUGCCGCCAAACUGUCAAAGACCUACACCAACCACUGCAUCGGCGCCGUCUCCAUAGCAACGCUCAACGGCAUUGCGGGCAUCGGGUCAAAGUUAGCGCCUCUCCGCGUCUCUCCGGAAACGGUCAACGGAGGAGCGCACCUGCAGCACGUGCUGCGCUGCGAGGCCGAGCUCGAGCUCAAACCGCAGAAGGUGAUCAAGCGCCCGCGGACGCUCGUCUGUCCGGUAAGCGUUGCGGAACCGGGGGCAUCGCCGAAAAGACUCUGCGCGCGCACGGACACUCCGGCUGUCACCGCGCUAGUCUCCGCUCGUUGCGAACCCAACGGAGAGAGUCCUCGUAUGCUGCCCUCACAGGAGAAUCGCAGCAACAGUGUGGGCAUGUCGACUCGGCCGAUCUUGGCACAUUCGCCGGUCUCCCCGCUGGGUACAGCUGGCAUCCCCACACCCGCACAGCUCACAAAGACCAACGCACCGGUUCACAUUGAUGUAGGGGGUCACAUGUAUACCAGCAGCCUGGCCACAUUAACCAAAUACCCAGAGUCCAGGAUCGGUCGUUUGUUUGAUGGCACGGAGCCCAUUGUAUUGGAUAGCCUGAAGCAGCAUUAUUUUAUAGAUCGGGAUGGACACAUGUUCCGCUAUAUAUUAAACUUCCUCAGGACCUCAAAACUGCUCAUCCCAGAUGACUUUAAGUCAAUACACAUCUCUUGCCAUGCAACAGUUCAUAGGGACCAGGAGCUGUCCAAAAACAAAAUAAAAGACUACUCUCUGCUGUACGAGGAGGCCCGAUAUUUCCAGCUGCAGCCUCUGCAGGCUGAGCUGGAGCGCUGGCGUUCGGAUCAGGACUCUAGGUACACAUCACGCAUGUGUGAGUGUGUGGUAGUGCGCGUGGCCCCUGAGCUGGGAGAGAGGAUAACGCUCAGUGGCGAUAAAGCCCUCAUCGAGGACAUCUUCCCAGAGAUAGGAGACGUCAUGUGCAACUCCGUCAAUGCAGGCUGGAACCAUGAUUCCACUCACGUCAUACGCUUUCCUCUAAACGGAUACUGCCACCUCAAUUCUGUACAGGUUCUGGAGCGACUGCAGCAAAGAGGUUUUGAGAUUGCUGCUUCUUGUGGAGGUGGUGUGGACUCAACCCAGUUCAGUGAGUACGUUCUGAGGAGAGAGAUCAAACGAAGUCACCGUGGGGUCACGACCUCCGUCAUUCGAAUCAAACAGGAACCGCUGGAUUAGCUGCCCUCUCUCACAAACAAUAAACUGGAUAUGGUAUUUUUAACUGAAUAUAAGGGAUGUUUUGAUUUAUGUUGUAAUCCUCUGAGACAUUUUUUCAUUGGUACUGUCCCUAAAUAAACAGAUUCAAAUAAGGAAAAAUAAUGUUGAAAUUUAAAUGGGAACUUUUUCUGAACGUCUCUGGCUAUACUGAGUGGUCUCCAUUUGAUUCUCUGUGUGAAGGUUUGUUUUAAAACUUCAAGACUGCCAGACUGCACUUUUGCUGGAUUUGUCUUCCCCGUGACAGCUAGGAGUGGAAGAGGCUAAACUAAUGUUACACUCUAUAUAUGACAUCCUGUAAAGAAUUUCAGCUGCCAUACUUAUUUAAUAAGCUGUUUGAUGAAUAAUUUAUGUUGCUAAUCUUCAAGUGUUUCUCUCAUAAAUAGCAUAUCACACCAGAGAGGAAUAGCAGCUCUAAUUAGAAAAAUACACACACAUAUAAAGGAUAAAUCACAGCUGUGGGUUUCUGAGGGAUCAUAUGACUAGACGAACCCUCCUUUUGUCAAACGCAGUCAUGAAACUGAAUGAUCUGAAAGACUUCAUUAAAAAGUAUUUCUUUCCCCAACUGUUCUUCAUUUUUAUAAUUUUAACAGACAAGUUCAAAUACAAAACUGUCAAGCCAAUCUGAUGAAUUUAUGCUGUAACUUGCAGUAUUUUUUCUUUUAAAUACUACACAAAAAAUUUUUUUUUUUUUAAAUCAUAAAUUUACAGUGUCUGGUUACACUUAAAACUGGUUUA